AUGGAAGCCAUUGACUCUCAGGAUCCUGAUGAACCCUUGGAUUAUUCGGUCUACAUGCCUAGUCUCUAUGCUGCAUUACAGGCUAUUCAAAAGGUGAUUGUAUAUGCUUCAGAUCCACUGCUGAGGAAAAAAGCUUUUGAUACUUUCAAAAUGGUGCUUGCAGAUGUUCCAGCUUCUUUAAGAUUUGACAUCUUGAUGGCUUUAAUAAAAAACAGCGAUUUAUCCUCCAUGAUUGCAAUUCUUCUUGGUUGUGUCAAAGAAGAAAUGUACAAGGAGUAUCCAAAAAAGAUUUCAGGACAAAAUAGAGAUGCAAAAGAAGAAAAUAAAGCUGUUCAAAGUACAUUGUCAUUUUGGACAGUUAGUGUUCUUGAUUGUGUGGAGUUUGUCUUAAAGCCACCAAAGGGUGGGCCCCCUUCUCUCCCUGAAUUCACCGAUGCUGUGUUAUCAGCACUUAAUCUCUACAGAUUCAUAUUGAUCACUGAGUCAUCAGGGAAAACAAACUACACGGAAGUGUUGUUGAAGAACAAGUUGCAGAAGGUGUACAGAGAAUGGCUUGAACCAUUAAGAAGUUUGGUCUCUGGUGUAAGUGCUGGGGACAACGAUGGUCAACUGGCAAUUGCUCUUAAUCCUCUAGAGUUUGUUUUAUAUCGAUGUAUUGAACUAGUUGAAGAGAAUCUCAAGCAUACUACUUAGGCCCACUUCAUGUAUGCUCAUGUUGUAUUUUACUGUGUUUGAAUUGCAUUGGAUUGAGAUGAUGAGAUGUCAACAAUUGUUAUUUUAAUACCCACCAGC